UGAUGUGGUUGGUCAGAAACAGAGGAAGUGUGCUGCUCUUCCUGUGUUAUUAUCGCUACACUCUAAUGUAGCCAUUUAGUAAACGACAGCUUUAAUAUUUAAAAGCAGCUUUGGCUGAAUCGUGUCAUUAAAAACGCAAACUAAAGAGGUGAAAUCCUCAUGGUGACAACAUGAAGAUGAAAUCUGUCAAGAAGAAGUCUUUGCUGAACAAAGCAAAGAGAGGGGAGAGGCAACACGGUCUGGUCAUAGUCAAAACUGAAAAUCAAUCAGAGCUGAAUGGUGAGGUAGAGGAGGGCUCCAGUGAAGUUUACAGUAACGGAGAUGGUCUCAAUGUCCAAAUCAAAGAGGAGCCGCAUGCACAGGAGAUCUGUGGGGAGCACAACGGAGACACAUCAAGCUGUCCAGACACUAAACCUGACACUGUGACACUCAGGUCAGAUGUUCACCAUCCACAGGGGCACAUAAAGGAGGAGUGUGACUCUGACCAUCAGCCAGAAUAUGAAUUCACUGGAGCUGCUUUCAAGGAGGAGUCUAUAAAAGAGGAGCGAGACUGUGAAGAGGAGGCAGAAGAUGUAGGAAACAUGCAGGAGGAUUAUGGGGAGGGGGAGGAGGUCUGCACAGAGUCAUCAUCUGACUUCUUUCCAUGUCCUCACUGCACUGUCUCCUUCACUGACCUGGACUUCUUGGAGAAGCAUGUCAAGUGGGUCCAUCAGAGAGAGUAUCUCGACAAACUGAAAAAAUGCCUCUCAAGCCGCACGCUAAACCUCAUUCCCAAACACACCUGCACCGUCUGCAACAGCACCUUUAACUCUAAAGUACACCUUAGGGUCCACGUACGCGAGGUCCAUCCCUCCGCCCCACCUCGCCGGCUCCACCCCUGCCCAACCUGCGCACGCAGCUUCCAGUACCUGAAGAACCUGAAGAAUCACUGUCAGCGCUGGCACAACAUGUCUGUGGUUACCAGAGGAGGGCAUCUCAGCUGCGCAGACUGCGGGAAGAGUUUCAAAGCUACCUGGGGCCAAGGGCCUCAUUUGUGUCAUGAACCAGAUAACACAGAAACUGAGGAUAAGCCAAUCUGUCUGGACACUGGCGUGCAGUGUCCAGAAUGUGGUAAGAAGGUACGCACACCUCAAAGCCUGGAGGAUCAUAUGCGCACCCACACAGGUGACCGGCCGUUUGUGUGCAAAGACUGCGGCAGGAGGUUCGUUGAGCGCAGUGGUUGGCGGCAACACAUGAAAAUACACACGGGUGAGAAGCCAUACAAAUGUCAGGUGUGCGGGAAAGCCUUUCUGAGAUCACACCACCUCAAGUGCCACCUCACAACACACUCUGGCAAGAAGGAGUAUUCCUGCUCCGAGUGCGGGAAGGAGUUUGGAUUCAAGUCAAGUCUGGAUCUCCACCUGAGGACACAUUCCAGUGAGAGACCGUUCCACUGCAAUGUGUGCGGGAAGAACUUUAACACCCAGAGAAAUCUGAGGGUUCACAGCAAACUGCACACCAAUGAGAAAGCUCACCAGUGCGGCGACUGUGGCCUGAAGAUUGGAGAUCUUGGGGCUUUGAAAAUACACCUUCGUACACACACCGGAGAAAGACCUUACCACUGCACAGUCUGUGGAAAUAGGUUCAUCCGCCUUGCACACUUGCGAAACCACCAACGCACCCAUACCGGUGAAAGACCCUACAAAUGCACUGAAUGCGACAAGAGUUUCACUCAGUCUGGCGACCUGGUGAAGCACAAGCGGAUACACUCUGGGGAAAAGCCGUUUGAAUGUCCAGACUGCCACCGCCGGUACACCUCCUCCGGCGAUCUGGGCAAGCACAGGAGGAGUCACACUAACCUGCGUCCCUACACAUGUCAAGAAUGUGGAAAAAGCUUUCGUUUGUCGGGACAUUUGAAAACUCAUAUGUUAACUCACACAGGGGAGAAACCAUAUUCCUGCCCCAAAUGCCUCCGUAGGUUUGCGCGCUCUCACCAUCUCUCUGGGCACGUGGCUAAAUGUCGCUGAGCUUUUUUCCUCAGAGGAUUGUAAAUAAGCUAGUCCUGAUGUCAUAUGAUAAUCAUGGAAGCUGUAUACAGAGUACUACUAGAUUUUUUAAAUGAAUGUGUUAAAGUGAAAACUAAUAUUGUAGAUAAUUAUUUAUAUGAACUUUCUGUAACCCUCUCGACUCAGAUGACUGUUUUAACUUAUGACUCGUUUAUUAUUGCAUGCAACUUUUUUACAGCACUAUCUCAGCUCUUGUAUGAUUAUGAUUAUUUUUUGUUUCUUUUCCAGAGUAGUUCUAGACUGGUUGCGCAAGACACUAUCAUAAUUAUGGAGACUUGAGGACAGGUUAUGAGAUAAUGGGUUGGGUUUUUUUCUGCCACUGAUCAAUGCUGUACUAUCUGUAAAAAUGAAGUGUAAUAAAUUAUUUGCAGAAUGCAUGAA